AUGUCAAGACCCUUAUCUGUUCAUAUUCGUAAAUCUGUUUACAAAAGCUUUAAAAGUUAUGAUACAAUGGUAAUACCAAAACCUUCAAGAAUUUUGGAUGUUGAUUCAAAAUAUGGGAAAAGAAUGCAAAGACUUUCAAAUAAAAUUUUUGGAGAGGUUACACGUCCAACUGACAUAAAAUCAAUUCGAGUUGCCAAUGAAAUUAUGAAAAAUGAACCAUGGGUAUAUUUUUUCUUUUUAAACUUUUUAAAGACAAGGUUCUGUUUCCUUCAGAGGUACGGAUAGAAAUUGAGCUCCGUAUACGGAUCAACGGCUCUAAUAUCUUCCUAUACCCACCACCUUGCGCACUUUUUAGCUUCCCUGAUUUUCCACUGCCUAGGAUUUUGUUAGACUACAGACUCAGGCUUCUGUCGUCAGUAAAUUCUUAAUUAAUGCACAAGCCCACUUUUUAAGUCACACUGCAAGGGUUCGGGUUGCGUCCAGGCUAAUGUAUUUUCUAGUCCUUCCUAUACCUAGAGACACAAGCAUUUUUAGCUCCCUAGGGUUUUCUUUGGCCUGUGUUUUCUUGGACGUAUACAAUUGUCAGGUCAGUAUGGAUUCAAAAAUUAGUCCAUACUUAUUUUUCCUAAAGUCCAUUUCUGUUAAAUCUUUACACAAGA